AUGAUCCAGCUGUUUGUGCUUGCUGACUCAGGCGUGUGCCGGAAUGGGUGCUUCGUGGACUCGCGGUGCCUGGCGGUGUCCAUCACUCAGGCGGCCUCAGUGUCCAAGUGUUACUUCAGCAGCAGUGCCUCGGUGCUCACCACCUUACUCAUCACAGACCCGGCCUCCAUCACUUUCAUGAAGAAAAAAGAUGCGUGCAAGCCAGGCUUUGAAGCUGUGGGCGGAUUCUGCUACUUUUUCUCUACCAAUGCAACCAACUUUACUACAGCUAAAAGCUCGUGCCCAUCUGGCAUCGCGCUCGCCUAUCCAUCCUCUGCUGCCCAAAUGGCUGAUCUCGUGGCUAACCUCAACAGCAACAAGUCUGGAAAAAACGACUGGUGGGUCGAUUUAACUCUAAAUGCGGAGAAGUGGUACUGGAACGACGGAAAGGAUUUCUUCCAGUCGGGAAGGCCUGGAGAAGAUUUGGGAACCGAAGAUAAAUACGCCUGCGCCAGACUCCAUUAUGAACCUCCUAACUAUAUAUACGCGCCCUGGAACAAAGAGUGCACGGACAGAUUCUUUUUCGUUUGCCAGUACAAAGAGUGA